AUGUCGACCACCGCACCCGCAGCCUCGACGCUCCCCCAGGCACCAUGGAAGCAGCUCUUCAACAAGCACCUUGGCGAGAUGAAGCCUCCUCAGUUCGUGCUCGGCACCCUCGAUAAAGCCCCAGACGGCUCUCCUACCGACUACGUGCCCCGAGUCCGCUACUGCAUCUUCAGAGGGUUCUGGGCCGAGCUACCAGAGAACAAGCAUAACGAUGCCGAGCGCAACCCCGAGCUCUACCACAGCGACUGCCCUACCUUCACGACAGACGUGCGCAUGGAGAAGGUCGGACAGAUCUUCAAGACAAGCGCUGGACACGCGGAGAGUGACGACCAGGUCCAGGGCAGCGGCGGUGGAGGCCCGGUCGAAGCUGUCUGGUGGGUUGAAGGCGAGACUCAGACACAAUGGCGAGUUGCAGGCAAGGCUUACGUGAUUGCUGAUGACAUUGAGGGCUCUGAGGAAAGCAGUGGUGUCAGGACAGUCAAGAGCGAGGUGGGCAAGAGGAUGAGGGCGCUCAACGAGGGCGGGGAGAACGAAUGGAGCUGGCAAAGAGAGCUUACAGGCUUCUUUGGCAACCAGUCUCCUGCCAUCAAAGGCUCCUUCAAGAACCCACCACCAGGCCAGCCGGUAACUGCGCCCUUUGACAAAGAGCGUCUCCAGCUCGGCUCAAAAGCAGAUGACCUGCAUGACGAGGUUGCGAGGAAGAACUUCCGCCUUGUAGUCAUUGUCCCCGACGUUGUCGAGCAGACUGAUCUGAGCGAUCCCGAGAAGGCGCGGAGAUUCAGAUACACAUGGGAUGCCGAUACUGCGCGGCACAACGCUGGCUGGAGGACAGAGGAGCUGUGGCCAUAG